AUGGUGUCCACCCUGGAGGACGCCAAGGCCGGCGGGGACCUCGUGAUGCUCUUGCUGAUCGACGUACAGGGUGACUUCGACAGGCUCCCUCACGCAGUUGCCCAGCAGGGCCUGGACCUCCUCGGCAUCUGCGGCAACCUGCGGGAGUUCCUGUCGUCGUUCCUGUACAACCACACCCUCAGGGGGUCAGUGGUGAGCCCCUUCCUUUUCAACCUGGCCAUGGCACGGUUGCCUGCUGCCCUGCCAAUCGACCAUCACUUCCCCAUGCAGUCCUCAAUAUACGCGGACGACAUCACCCUAUGGAUGCCGGGACCACCGCAACACAUCCGCAAGGCACGUGCGGUCCUACAGAGAGCCCUGGACACUGCGGCUGCCUACUUGUGCAGCAUCGGCCUUACCAUCUCGGCCAGGAAGACCGAGGCCUUGCUACUGCACCCCAGAGCAUCAGCCCACCGCUCAGCUGGCCGGCUGCGGUUGGAGGGCGUCCAGAUCCCAUGGAACAGGGCAGUCACCUACCUAGGGCUGCGCAUUGACCAUCGGCUGAACUGGCUACCGGCUACCAAGGCCCUGUGCGCCCAGGCGCUUCGGGUCCGCAAGGCUAUCUCACAGCUCCUUGCCCGUGGACAGGGCUGUAUCACCAGGUGGGCCCUGCAGCUAUUCGAAGCUGCAGUCACUUCACGGCUAUUGUAUGCCCUCCCUCUUGUAUCGCUGCCUCCACCCCGCCUGCGGAAACUGGAGCUACAGCAUCGGUCAGCAAUACGGCUCUGUCAUGGCGUUCCCCGAACGUCACAAGUGGCCGCCACUUUGGCUGAGGCAGGUGCCUUGCCCCUGUCAUUACUCUUCCUACAACAGGGGCUACGACACAUUGAUCGCCUACACCAUGCCGCAGAUGGUCAAGCACUCCUGACCCGCCUACGCUCCCGACCAGCAUCACACAUGGGACGGCUGUGUGGCCUCUAUAAGGAGGUCAUAGGGGACACGCCUGGAAACGCUGUACAGCCUCGCCUACCACAUCGACCACCAAUACCUAUCUCGACGGAGCUGCCAGGUGUCUCGAAGAACCGUUCCCCAACAUGUGCCCUACAGCAAACGGCAGCCUCCCUCUUUCAAGAAAGACUUGAGGACCACCUUCACAUCUUCGUUGAUGGAUCCGUGAUACCGGAGACUGGCUCAUCCACAGCAGCCUGCGUUGCACCGGCCCUACGAAAGAGCAAGCUGUGCCGUCUCCUGGGGCACGCAAGUUCUACCGCAGCAGAGUUAGCAGGGUUCCACCUUGCUGUGGACCUACUUGCAGAAGAGCUACCAACGACCCCGGCAGCCAUCUUCUGCGACUCCAAGGCGGCAAUGUUCUACCUCCAGAACCCUGGCAGGUCUAGCCUUGGGGUAGCGCUACUCUCCUCAAGACUGACGGCCCUUCAGGACGCAGGAUGCUCAGUAUCUCUGCAUUGGCUACCGGCACACGUGGGGAUCCCGGGCUACGAAGAGGCGGACACUCUGGCAAAAAGUGCCCACCACUCAAGCGUCCCCCUCAGCCCUGCUGUAACGGCUGAAGACUUCUCGAGGCACAGGCUGCGCCGGCACAUCAUCGCCUGCCAACCGGACAAACGGGUUGAAGACAUUCUUCGAAGGGGCACUCGCCACCUCGACUGGUUUCUUCCCGACGGCCGCCAUCAGUGCGGCGACAGCAGUAACUACAGUAAGCAGAAAUUCCUCUUGGCUGUACAAAUGUGCAACGUGGAUCAGCUGUGGCAUGUGUACAUGUCGUGA